AUGGCUGCAAUAGACAAGAAUUGGGCGCAGCAAUACAUUAAUGACCCUCUUACAGCACCUGAUCCGUCCGAUGAGACUGGUUUGAAUGCUUCCUUCCAACGUCCAUCAGAGUCAGCUUCCGUGACUUCCGCGAUACCCGUCACUCCUACUUCAUCAGGACGGCGUCGGCUUAGCAAGACGAACCCAUUUAGAGAUCAUGGCUCACCUAAAGAGACUUCGUCAACCACAAGAGAAGUGACUGCAGAUCGAGGCUAUCCUUCUCCACCAGCAUCAACUUCUCCUCGACAUUCACCACACAACUCCGCAAGCCAUAGGCAAGAAUUUAUGGCAACAGGAACACGACCGAGGAGGUCAAGUUCUUUGCGAGAACGGUAUCCAGGUGAUCCUUCUGUCCGCCCUCUCGAUCAAUUAGCUAAAGAGAAGGCCGAGGCCGAUCGCGCCAAACAUAUCACCAGGAAACAUGCUGUGAGGCCUGACCUGAUCGAUACCCUUGACGAGAGCAGUGUCGGCCAUUACCAUCAUGAAGGUCCCUACGAUGCCACACUCUUCGCGAGGAACAAUACGCACAAGUCAUCGCCUGUUGCGGCUGUUAGCAAUGGCAACCAAGAAGCUCUUAGAGCCACUCCACAUGAAAGAAUUGUAGAUUCUGUCAGAGACCACCGUCCACUUGACGGUGUAGCUGCAUACCCGCCAGGAACAACCGAUCCCAACGGUCAGACAUACCGAUAUAUUGAGGGGGACAAUAUGAUGAUCGAAGAGAAUGCCGGUGGAGGGCCAUACAAGCGAUGGCCAGGUCUGCAAUAUGACCCGAACGAUAUCAAAGGCAAGGGCGAACCCAGCUAUAGUAUUGAGAAAGCUCUCAAAGAACACAACCUGACUGAGAAAGACAACGGAGAUAUUGAGAUGACCACAAACAGGGACAGAAGUGGCAGUGGAGCUUAUAGAGCGGAAGCUUUCGCUGACGAGAGCACUGGUAUUGAGCGUAGAGCCAGUUUCAGCAACAGGCUGAGGAAGGGCGUUGGUAGCCUCAAAAAGAAGUUUUAG